AUGCCCGCUCCGCAAAUUCAGAGAAUUCCACAGACGCCGAGUGCCGCCGCGCCGCACAGACCAGAUACCACGAGCCCGACGAACCCACCGGCGGGACCUCGAGGCUACGUUCCUCCCCCCAGGGGUUCCUCCUUUGCGCCUCGCGGUGGGCGAGGUGGUUGGAACCAGAGCUCGUCUCGUCAUAUGUCAGGCCAGGCAUCGUCAGCAGCCCCGAGCGGCCCUUCCAACAUUCCCACCGGUCCGCGGGGCUCUUCUUCAGCCCCCGCAGGCGCGGGAUCCGGCUCUGCCCAGCGUCCUUUCAACCCACCAACAGGUCCAUCAGCCCAGCAUGGCAACGGACCGAGGCAUAGCCUCGCGCAGAGCCUGCUAGCAACGAUGCCCCCCCUGAUUCCGGGCGGGAAGGCGGAUCCGAGCAUGACGCCGAUGCUGCUGGGCGUCACCAAGGAGAUUGAGCCUCACUACCGGAAGCUAAGAGACGAGGAGGAAAAGAUUCGAGAGGAGCUGCGAAUGAAGCAAGAGCGCCUUAGAAGGAGUCUCUACGCUUGGAACAGGCUGGAGCGGGAUGCGCGCGCCUGGGAGAUGAGGAGCGACCUCAGCGAGAAGAGCAUGAAGAAUCUGGCGGGCGAAGGGGCUGGCGGUGCCGCCUUUUAA